AUGGCGAAGCACCACCCUGACCUGAUCAUGUGCCGGAAGCAGCCCGGCAUCGCCAUCGGGCGGCUGUGCGAGAAGUGCGACGGCAAGUGCGUCAUCUGCGACUCAUACGUGCGACCGUGCACACUUGUCCGUGUCUGCGACGAGUGCAACUACGGGUCGUUCCAGGGGCGGUGUGUCAUCUGCGGUGGCGUGGGCAUCUCGGACGCCUACUACUGCAAGGAGUGCACGCAGCAGGAGAAGGACCGGGACGGGUGCCCCAAGAUUGUGAACCUCGGUAGCGCCAAGACCGACCUCUUCUACGAGCGCAAGAAGUAUGGGUUCAAGAAGAGGUGA